ACCUAAGACCACUUUUCGACCUGGCUGGUUGGAAGGCUAUAGACGAGAGUUUCCGAGCGCAAUGAGGGGCGGAAUCGUAGUGUACGCAAUCUUCCUGGGGCUGAUGCUGUCCCAGAGGUCAGCGGCUCAGAUCCCGAGAGCCUGUGCGGAUAGGCAGAGUCUGGAGCAGAUGACGUGCUGCCCAGUCACCGAUGACGGGGUCUGCGGAGAGGACGCAGAGCGGGGGGAGUGCGGCGCCGUAAACUUCGAACGACACAGAAACGACACCACCGACGUUCGCGUCAACUGGCCUCAUUACUACACCAACGUCUGCAAGUGCAGCGGGAACUUCGGCGGUUACGACUGCAGCCGAUGCGCGUACGGAUACUACGGAAAAGACUGCGCUUCCAGAGCAAUCAUUCCUCGGAAGCCAGUCCGGGAUUUCAGCGAGGAGGAAUGGGAAGAUUUCGUUGCCAUUCUGGGGAGGACCAAGACCUGGGAUUCGGGCUAUGUGGUCGUGUUGGAGGAGCAGGUGCCGGGAGCCGCCGACCUGAACAUGGCCAAUGUCAGUCUCUACAACUUCAUGAUCUGGAAUCAUCACUAUGCAGCAAAGGAUUCUUUUAGUCUACUUACCCCGACCUACCUUGACUAUGCUCACAACGGACCGGCAUUCUUCACGUGGCAUCGAUGGUGGCACGUGUUCCUGGAGGCAGAGAUCCAGGCCAUGCUGGAGGCCAUGGGGCGCGAGGACUACUUCAAGUUCCGACUUCCAUUCUGGGACUGGCGUCGAGAGAUCCAGACCAGCUACGGUCUUCCCAGCGAACAACUCUUCACCUUUAAUCGCUUUGGAGAGACCAGAAACAUCAGCAACCGCCCUGUCGUGUUUGGAGACAUUGUGGAUGGCUGGAAUACUAUUUGUCACUUUACUCCAGAGCAAAUCUGCGACCCAAACAUUCCCACUGGAGGCAUCCAACGCUGUCCCUUCAUAGGGAAUCCAAUUCUCUGUCACAGCAGUAACCCGGACUGGCCCACAAUGCAGGAAGUUAAUAGAGCUCUAGAGGCCGAGUUCUAUAUAGUUGAGCCUUACGAUCGGUUAUCUGUAAAUUCUGUGUAUGAUCGUGUCGACUUUAACUUUACGAUGGGUGUUGAGGCGUGUAGGCAGGAAGGUUACUGUUCCUGUGUACCUACCGGUGAUGUCCGGUGUGAGGGAAUACCUGACGACGCAACUGGUGUGACUGUUGCUGCCACUGGUGUUCAUCCCAAGGUUCACUAUCUUCUAGGACUGGGGAGUUCAGAGGUCAUCCCAGCAGAUCUGCAGGGGUCAAUGUAUGAUGUCGCUAGCUCUCCCAACGAUCCAAUAUUCAUCCUGCACCACCUGAUGGUCGACUGCAUCCUAGUGGAGUGGGUCAAAAGUCACCCUGAUGCUGAAUAUCCCGACAGUGACCUGGUUCGCGAUGGCCACAAAAAGGACGACUAUAUCCGCAGUUUCUUCCCCCUCGUAACCAACGGCGAGGCGUUCUACGAUACUAAAGAGUUUGGAUACUACUGUGACCUACCUAACCUGGGGUCGACAGAGGCUGAAACUCCCUCUCCUCUAGAAACCAGGCUCUCUUUCUUCAUCACUGGCAGCAGUGUGGAGGUGUGUGUGGAGACAAAAACACCUGCUAUCAUCAAACUCAUACUUAGAGAUUCCAAAUAUGGCCGCCAAGUUGCGAUUGUGAAAGGUUUCACAGGAUGUGGGAUGUUUGGCGGACUGCCAGCUGGAGAGCAUAGUGUGAGAGCCGUGUCUCGAGAGCUCCCUGGUCGUAGAAGAGGAAGAUACUUGUCGGAGUUCUUCAAGUUUUCCACCAACUAAUAGCUAAUUUAGUGGGACUGCUAAUUUUACUACAUGCCAGUAAAAGCAUUUAUUAAUGCUUUGCUUAUAACCAUCAUGAAGAAGAGGUUUAAUAUUAAUUUUAU